GCACUGGUUCCGCGCAAUCUUGGUUUAUUUUACGCCGUCCACCACAAAUCAGAAAACCAUGGUACGACCGGGACUCAUGCGAGGUGGUGGUCGUGGUGGUGGCAUGGGAAUGGGCAUGCGUGGAGUACGCGGGGCACCGUUCAUGAACAAGAAAACCUUUCUUCCUCGGCACCCGUUUGAUCUGACACUCGCUGAAAUGGCAUUCCCGCGCGUCCAACCGGCCCAGGAUGACACAAUGCUGACGAAUGCGUUGCUGAAACGCAGCCAGGAUCUCACGCCAACCGCUGCUGAGCAAACGGCCAUUUCGAACCUCGUCUCGAAGGUGCAGGGUGUGCUGGACAAUAUCGUAAUCGCUCCGGGUGACUUUACCAAGUGCCAACUUGAAGAAGUGCGUCAGGUGGGCUCGUUCAAAAAGGGCACAAUGAUGGCCGGUGGUAACGUGGCCGAUAUAGUAAUCAUCCUGAAGUCGUUCCCCACCAAAGACUGUGCCGAAGCGCUGGGCAAAAAGGUUGAGGAAGAUUUACAAAAGUCGAUGAAAACGGAAGUGGUACCGAAAGCGGAAGCAUUAUCGCUUGCCUUCAGCGAAAAGGGUUUCGAAAUAUCCAACUCGCUGGCCAAGGUGCGCUGCAUGAUUGCCACGCUGCCGCAAAACAUGCGCAAACUGGAACCGGAGAAGCAUCUCGACUUCAAGAUCAUCCAGAGCCAUCUGGCCGCCAUCCGCCACACGCGCUGGUUCGAGGAGAAUGCACACCACUCGACGAUUAAGGUGCUCAUUCGCAUCCUGAAAGAUUUGUCCCGCCGAUUCGAUGGAUUCAAACCGUUGAACCCGUGGAUUUGUGAUCUGCUUGCACACUCCGCCAUCAUGAACAACCCGAGCCGGCAGGCUUUGCCAGUGAACGUUGCGUUUCGGCGCGUGUUUCAGCUGCUCUCGUCGGGACUAUUCGUGCCCGGAUCGGCUGGUAUUACGGACCCGUGUGAGGUGGGCCACUUCCGGGUCCACACUUCGAUGUCGCUGGUUCAACAGGACGAAUGCUGCAUGACGGCGCAAACGUUGGUCCGCGUUUUGGCUCACGGUGGAUACAAACACAUCCUGGGCUUUAUUGAAAAUACGACUGUCGCAAAGGACAUGUCUGUCUGGGAUGGGGUCGUUGUGUCGCCGAUGGAACCGGCAUAUGAAAAACCUUCGGAAAAGAAGGAAGGCGAAGAUGACGAUAUGGAGUGCGUCGACGAUGUGCUGGAUGACGAGCCUUUGGAGUGAAUUGUUCCGGAAGCUAAUUCUCAACAUUUUCAUUGUAACUAAAAAUAACUACAUCAAAACAUAGACACGAACUUAACGAUAUUUCGAGUAUUUAUUUGUCUAAUACGCUUUAACUAAGUCGUUAGUAAACUUCGGGAUUAUUUUGUGGUAAAACAGGAUCUAAUUAUGAUUCAAUAGCACUACAAUAUUCGUCCUAAAACUACUUUAAAACCACUACAUCAACUGAACACUAUUCGCAUCGGACACGUUAUUGAAAACCCUUGUUUUAAUA